AUGCCUUCUCAAGUAGCAACAUGCCUGCGCUUUGCGCGGCAGUUUUCCGCUGAUCCUGUCAAGCACCAGCGCUUCCUUACGCGCACUUUCUCUAGCAGUGUUCAGCGUGCGGCGAUCAACAAGGUGUUCAAGUCCGCCGAGGAUGCCACCAAAGACAUGAAGUCGAACUCCACCCUUUUGGCUGGUGGGUUCGGCCUGUCUGGUGUGCCAGACACCCUCAUCAAUGCCGUUCGGGCCAACUCCUCAAUUUCCGGUCUCACUGUCGUCAGCAACAAUGCGGGUGUGGAUGGCUCUGGUCUGGGUCUGCUCCUACAGUCCAAGCAAAUCAAGAAGAUGAUUGCCAGUUAUGUUGGCGAGAACAAGACCUUCGAGCGCAUGUAUUUGACCGGAGAGAUUGAGCUGGAGCUCACCCCGCAAGGCACUCUGGCGGAGCGUUGCCGCUCUGGUGGUGCUGGCAUCCCUGCCUUCUACACCCCUGCGGCAUUCGGCACGGUUGUCCAGACUGGUGAUCUGCCGCUGCGACACAACAGUGACGGCACCGUGGCUUUGUACAGCCAGCCACGCGAUACUAAGGUCUUUGAUGGCAAGAGCUACGUGAUGGAGGAGGCUAUUAAGGGCGACUAUGCUUUCGUUAAGGCUUGGAAGGCUGAUAAACUGGGUAACUGUCAAUUCCGCUACUCAGCCGCGAACUUCAACGGCGCGAUGGGCCGUAACGCCAAGAUGACCAUUGUUGAAGCGGAGCACAUUGUGGACCCUGGCGAGAUCGACCCGGCUGCUAUUCAUCUGCCAGGUAUCUACGUUAAGCGUGUGAUACAAAGCACCACUGAGAAGAAGAUUGAGAAGUAUACCUUCGCUAAGGAGGAGGGCGCCGAUACUUCCGCACUGGGCAAGGGUGACACCGCCAGCAAGCGCGAGCGCAUUGUCCGUCGUGCUGCGAAGGAAUUCAAGAACGGCAUGUAUGCCAAUUUGGGCAUUGGUAUGCCUAUGCUGGCACCUAACUUCGUCGACUCUUCCGUUGAGGUGACUCUACAGUCCGAGAACGGUAUCCUCGGCCUGGGUCCUUACCCCAAGAAGGGCGAGGAAGAUCCCGACCUCAUCAACGCCGGCAAGGAGACUGUGACUCUCAAUCCCGGCGCCGCCUGCUUCGGCAGUGACGAGUCAUUUGGCAUGAUCCGUUCUGGUCGUAUUGACCUGACCAUUCUGGGUGCCAUGCAGGUCAGUGCCAAGGGUGACCUUGCUAACUGGAUGCUCCCCGGUAAGAUCAAGGGCUUCGGUGGUGCUAUGGACCUUGUCUCCAACCCUUCUGCCACUAAGGUCGUUGUGACCAUGGAGCACACAGACAAGAAGGGCAACCCUAAGAUUGUUAAGCAGUGUGAAUUCCCCCUGACUGGACCCGCCUGCGUGAGCCGCAUUAUCACAGACCUCUGUGUCUUCGACGUCGACUUCACGGAAGGUCUUACUCUGGUUGAGAUUGCCGAUGGCGUGACUGUCGAGGAGGUCAAGGCGAAGACUGAGGCUCCCUUCAAGGUUGCGGACGACUUGAAGCCCAUGCUGUAG